GAUGACCAGAGACUGCGAACACAGUACAGGAGAUGGCCAGAGACUGCGAACAGUACAGGGGAUGACCAGAGACUGCGGACAUAAUACAGGAGAUGACCAGAGACUGCGGACACAGUACAGGAGAUGACCAGAGACUGCGGACACAGUACAGGAGAUGGCCAGAGACUGCGGACACAGUACAGGGGAUGACCAGAGACUGCGGACAUAAUACAGGAGAUGACCAGAGACUGCGGACACAGUACAGGAGAUGACCAGAGACUGCGGACACAGUACAGGAGAUGACCAGAGACUGCGGACACAGUACAGGAGAUGACCAGAAACUGCGGACA